AUGCAUGUUGUCUCAAAGUCAAAGGUAGCCAGGAAUUUUGAGGUCCUCAGAGGAAAAAUGCUGGGAUUCAGCAUUUUGCCUCUUGGUGGAUGCUUUGAUGGGUGUCGUGACCACACCCAGGGCUCAGGAUUUGGCACAAGGAUCUGGAAUCUAAGCGACAGGCCUGUGGAGCUUCAAAUAAGGGUGGGAUCAAUAUUGAAAAAGAUUCAUGCUUUAAAUCCAGGAUGUUCAAAGAGACUGAAAUGCAAGAGCAUAUACAAGGCUUACAUGCCUGGCAAGAGUGGCACUCAUUUGGGUGGAGGAAUGAAGAGCUUGCUGUAUUACUAUGAUGAAACUUGUCAUCCUUAUCUUUGGAUACAGGACAUUGGGGGUGAUUCCUUGAGAAUGGUCAAGCAACAGUACAUUAGUCUUGAAGACCUGAGAGAUUAUGCUGAGAUCAGAAUCUUUAGGGACCAUCAGAGAGGCUGCAUUUCGGUUCGAAAGAAACCUAGGUCCGAUUUUUGCUAAAUAUUCUGUUCCACUAAUCUUGAGCUUGGUAUUAUGUGUUGGUAAUGACAGCAAAGAUUGUUUUUUCUUCCUUCUUUGUUGUUUUUAUGUUUUUUUUUUCCUGGUUUUGUUUUUUCU